CUCCACUCCCUCCCACUUGGGACCUACAAAGCCUUCGGUUCAAAGAUUAAUGUGCAAUCCUCACACUGCAGCACCCACACUAAGAGCGUGUCUCCACAGUGCACCACCGGGAAGGCCACAAGGCUUUGAUCUGCAGCCAUCAGCAAAUGGAGCCAACUCAGGAAAUCUCCCGCCCGCCACUGGUACCUGUGAAGGGUGUCCCACUCAUCAAGUACUUUGCAGAGGCAAUUGGGCCACUGCAGAACUUCACAGCCUGGCCCGAUGACCUGCUCAUCAGCACAUACCCUAAAUCUGGCACCACUUGGGUGAGUGAGAUACUGGAUCUGAUUUACCACAGUGGUGACCUGGAGAAAUGUCGCCGGGCCCCCAUCUAUUCCCGGGUGCCGUUCCUUGAGUUCAGAUGCCCAGGGGUUCCCUCAGGUCUCGAGACUGUGGAAGAUACACCAGCCCCAAGGCUCCUUAAGACACAUUUGCCCCUGUCCCUGAUACCCAGGAGCCUGCUGGAACAGAAGGUCAAGGUGAUCUAUGUCGCCCGCAAUGCAAAGGAUGUGGCCGUCUCCUAUUAUAACUUCUACCACAUGGCCAAGUUGCACCCUGACCCUGGCACAUGGGACAACUUCCUGCAGCAGUUCAUGGAUGGGAAAGUGUCCUAUGGGUCGUGGUACCAGCAUGUGCAGGAGUGGUGGGAGCUGAGCCACAGUCACCCUGUUCUCUACCUUUUCUACGAAGACAUGAAGGAGAACCCCAAAAGGGAGCUUAAGAAGAUCUUGGAGUUUUUGGGGCGCUCUCUGCCUGAGGAUAUUGUAGAUCGAAUUGUCAAGCACACAUCUUUCAAGGAGAUGAAGAAGAACCCGUUGAGUAACUACACCACCAUACCCACUGAUGUCAUGGACCACAGUGUUUCCCCCUUCAUGAGGAAAGGCAUCACUGGGGAUUGGAAAACCAUUUUCACUGUGGCCCAGAAUGAGCGUUUCGACGCCCACUAUAAUGAGAUGAUGGCGGGCUGUGGCCUCACCUUCCGCUGGCAGCUGUAAGCUGGUGUGGUUAUACUGGGAAUCCCUCCAGAGGCAAGUUGACACAACCCAUCAUGACCUCAAGAAUAAAGUGUGAUGUGUUCAA